GGUCUUGACAUGUUUUGAAUGUCGACUCAAUCCGUUUUCCAUCCACCAAGCAUCUACCGCGAUAUCCGAUGGUGCAGCCGAGGAGUAUAGAGGAACACCUGACGUGGCUGAGGCGCUUAACUGUUGGCUGACAGAUGCUGGUCUUCUGGACUGCGCCAAAGGCUGCAUCUAUAUAAAUUGAACACCUCGUCGCUCCCCAGUAUUCUCGUGCCAUGGCUCGCACUCGAGCACAGUUGGCCGCCCAGAAGGGGCGCACAUCGUCGGCGCCAAAAGAUCAAGGCACCGAAACUAAGUUAUCUAAGGGUUCCGCGACACCUGGCAAGCAUAAUACGAAACGACCCGUCGACGCACUUAAUUGCAACCUUAACUCCCCUCAGAAGAGGCCUCGGCAAUCUCCGAGAUUAUCUCUUGUAGAGAAUACAUCCAACAGACCCGCGACAAAUAACAGUGGUAUAUAUAAGCCGAUUGACUCUAUUAAUUUUUGGAGGUCCCUGUUAUCUAUUAUCUAUAAGCAAUUAAAUUCUGCUAUAUCUACGAUAUCUAAUCUAUACUAUAAGACCCUACUUAGAACUAAAGGCAGUUUUAUAGUUAAGUCUAACCUAGAUAUUACUAAUAUCACUCAGCUUAUUGUUCCCUUAGCUGAGAGUCUUACUAUAUUUAGCACUAAGUAUCUUAAUAUCUUAAUAGAGAGUAUUAAUAAGAGCUGGAAUAACUUAAUCCCGUUAACUGAGACUCAUUCCCAAUCUGAUUACUCUAUAGGCUUUAGAUAUAAGGCGAAGUGCAGCGCUGCAGCGCUGAAUGUAGCGGACCGCCAGAAUGCCUAUAGUAUAACCUUUACAGUACGGGCUGUCGCCGAGCUUUUUUAUACUGUAAAAUAUAAGAAUAAAAUCUACAAUUACUAUCCAGUAGUAGAUAGCAAGAGCACUAAGUAUUACUGCUAUCCGAUCUAUAUAUAUAACUUUACAGCACUAGACGGCAAGGAGAAGUAA